AUGGCGUCGACGGUGCUGGAGGCGACGCGGGCGGCGCAUGAGGACCUGGAGAGGCUGGAGCGGCUCGCGGUGCGCGAACUGCAGCGGGAGCCCGCCAACCCGCGCGACCGCCUCUUUCAGUCCCACCGCGUCCGCCACAUGCUCGACCUCGUCGUCUCCACCUCCGACAAGCUCGUGGAGAUCUAUGAAGACAAGGACAAUGCUAGGAAGGAUGAGAUCAACACCCAUCUUACUGCGCCCACGCAAAGUGGACUGUUUAGCAAGUACUAUGAAAGGCUCAAAGAGAUCCGUGAAUAUCAUCGGCGGAACCUAUCUGCCCGUUUUGUCAGUACAACUGAUGACUAUGAAGAGCUUUUAAAGGAGGAACCAGUUAUUGAAUUCACUGGCGAGGAAACUUUUGGCCGUUACCUAGAUUUGCAUGAGCUUUAUAAUGAGUUCAUAAAUUCCAAGUUUGGAAAGCCUAUGGAAUACUCGGCUUAUGUUGGCUGUUUCUCCCAGACGGACAACAUCUCACAUAGUCAUAAGGCUACCAGACAAUACAGAGAAUACUUGGAACACAUUUUGGAAUAUUUGACAUCAUUUCUGUACCGCACAGAGCCAUUGCAAGACAUUGAGAAGAUUUUUCUAAAGCUGGAGAGUGAAUUUGAGGAACGAUGGGCUAAUGGAGAAAUACCUGGAUGGGGAAAUAAAGGCACAGAAAAAGAAUCUGAAAUAGAUCUUGAUUACUACAGCACAGUUGAAGAACUUGUUGAGCUUGGCCCAGAAAAGUUAAAACAGGCUUUAGCUGCUCGUGGUUUGAAGAGUGGUGGCACUGUUCAACAGCGUGCGGAGCGGCUUUUCUUGCUGAAGCAUACACCGUUGGAACAACUGGAUAGGAAGCAUUUUGCCAAAAUUCUACGUACUAAAGAUGGCUCAGACACAACUUCUAAUGGCAACAAUGUUAAGGAUGAUAUGAAGAAGGAAAUCGCAUUGAUGGAAGUAAAGAUGAGGCGCCUUUGUGAGCUGCUAGAUGAGGCCUUUGUAAGGACAAAGGAAAAUGCGGAGAAGAAGCUUACACUGACGUAUGAAGAGAUGGAAGCAGAACGGGAGGAGGAGGAGGUACAAGCUGACACCGAGAGUGAUGAUGAAGAACAACAAAUCUACAAUCCUCUCAAGUUGCCAAUGGGUUGGGAUGGCAAGCCUAUCCCCUAUUGGCUGUACAAGCUACAUGGCCUUGGACAGGAAUUCAAGUGUGAGAUAUGUGGAAACCAUAGCUAUUGGGGGCGAAGGGCUUAUGAGCGUCAUUUCAAGGAAUGGCGUCAUCAACAUGGGAUGCGAUGCCUUGGCAUUCCUAAUACUAAGAAUUUCAAUGAAAUCACAUCCAUUGAUGAGGCGAAAGCUCUCUGGGAGAAAAUUCAAGCACGACAAGGAGUGAACAAGUGGCGGCCAGACCUAGAAGAAGAGUACGAAGAUCAGGAGGGCAACAUCUACAACAAGAAGACCUACACUGACCUGCAGCGUCAAGGCCUGAUCUAA